AUAAGAUGCUCCAAGUCCCUUGCAGCUCUCUUCAGAAGAAAAAUCACUCGUGCUCUGCUCUUGCCAUAAUACCAAACCUUUCUGACUUAUGCUUUGGUGCUGCGAUACUGGAGGAAUUGCACACAGGUUCCAGGAAUAUCUUUUUUUUUUUUUUUUUUGAUUCUUUGUGGAUGAGAAAAGAUUUGAGUCUUAAUAAUUACGUUGUUUUAAGCUAUUUCUCGAUAGUCUGAACUGCUUAAUAAAUUGGGCCACUUACCAAUUAGCAGCACAGCCAGUUCUUGCCAGGAGCUGGUUGAAAACUGUGCUGUACAUGUAGCAGGGAUGGCGCAAGAAGAUAGCCGUCGUGGUCAAGUGCCAUCUACCUUUUAUCAUGGUGCCAACCAAGAGCUUGACCUGUCCACCAAAGUGUACAAAAGGGAAUCAGGAAGUCCUUAUUCUGUGUUAGUGGACACCAAGAUGAGCAAACCACAUCUUCAUGAAACAGAGGAACAACCAUAUUUCAGGGAGACAAGAGCAGUGUCUGACGUGCAUGCUGUUAAAGAAGACCGGGAGAAUUCUGAUGACACGGAAGAGGAGGAGGAGGAGGAGGAAGUCUCUUACAAAAGGGAGCAGAUCAUAGUGGAGGUAAACCUUAAUAAUCAAACAUUAAAUGUAUCUAAAGGGGAAAAGGGUGUCUCUUCUCAGUCCAAAGAGACUCCUGUUCUUAAGACAAGCAGUGAGGAGGAAGAGGAAGAGAGUGAGGAAGAGGCCACAGAUGACAGCAAUGACUAUGGAGAGAAUGAAAAGCAGAAGAAAAAGGAGAAGAUCGUGGAGAAAGUCAGCGUGGCACAAAGGAGGACGAGGAGAGCUGCCUCUGUUGCCGCAGCUGCUGCGUCCCCUACUCCCAGGACGACACGAGGCCGUAGGAAGAGCGCAGAGCCUCCAAAACGGAAGAAGCGGGCCGCAAAGGAGCCCAAAGCGCCAGCCCAGAAAACUAAGUGUGAAGAGAAAGAGACUCUGACCUGUGAGAAAUGCCCCAGAGUGUUUAACACUCGCUGGUACCUGGAGAAGCACAUGAAUGUGACUCAUAGGCGCAUGCAGAUUUGUGAUAAGUGUGGCAAGAAGUUUGUCCUGGAAAGUGAGCUGUCCCUUCACCAGCAAACAGACUGUGAGAAAAACAUUCAGUGUGUUUCCUGUAACAAAUCAUUCAAGAAACUCUGGUCUCUUCAUGAACAUAUCAAGAUCGUCCAUGGAUAUGCAGAAAAGAAAUUUUCCUGUGAAAUUUGUGAGAAGAAAUUCUAUACCAUGGCUCAUGUGCGGAAACACAUGGUUGCACACACGAAGGAUAUGCCAUUUACAUGUGAAACCUGUGGAAAAUCAUUCAAACGCAGUAUGUCACUCAAGGUACACUCCUUGCAGCAUUCUGGAGAGAAGCCCUUCAGAUGUGAGAACUGCGACGAAAGGUUUCAGUACAAGUACCAGCUGCGCUCCCACAUGAGCAUCCACAUUGGGCACAAACAGUUCAUGUGCCAGUGGUGUGGCAAGGACUUCAACAUGAAGCAGUACUUCGAUGAACACAUGAAAACACACACUGGAGAGAAACCCUUCAUCUGUGAAAUCUGUGGCAAAAGCUUCACCAGCCGCCCCAACAUGAAGAGGCACCGCAGAACUCACACAGGCGAAAAGCCCUAUCCAUGUGACGUGUGUGGCCAGCGGUUCCGCUUCUCCAACAUGCUGAAGGCCCACAAGGAGAAGUGCUUUCGGGUGACCAGCCCUGUGAAUGUGCCGCCUGCUGUCCAGAUUCCACUUACAACUUCCCCAGCCACCCCAGUUCCUUCUGUGGUGAACACACCUGCAACCCCAGCCCCUCCAAUCAAUAUGAACCCCGUAAGCACUCUUCCCCCUCGGCCCAUCCCCCACCCCUUCUCGCACCUUCACAUCCACCCGCACCCUCAUCACCCGCACCACCUUCCCAUCCCGCCAGUCCCUCACCUCCCCCCACCUCCAGCUCUCUUUAAGAGUGAGCCUUUGAACCACAGAGGCCAGAGUGAGGACAACUUUCUGCGACACCUGGCGGAGAAGAACAAUUCAACACAGCAUCAUUAACAUCCGUCUCCUUAAGUGUGUUCUCCAGGAGAUGCGUUCCCAGGUGUGAGUGCAGAGAGGGAGUUGGUGAGCGUUUCUGUAGCUCCCAGACUCCACCACCUCCACGAGCCUUGUCAUUGUUCUGGUGAAUCAGCAGAUCCAAAGGAAUGAGCAAGAAGACGACCUUGAGCUCACAGAGGGAACUGUCAUCUAAACCAGGGGAACCACCGAACUGAAGCCCAAUUUGCUUGCAUUUUCUGGUGACUUUUAUAAGUUUCAAAUACUCAGACUUGUGAAAUUUUAUAAUUUCAUAUCAGCUGAUGAGGUAUGCUUGCUUUUAUAUCCUGGACUUCUCCUCAAAGAGGAGAUAGGCCUGGUUUCCUUUGUACUAAUCGGGAAGGCUGUGAGAUUAAUCCAGAGCAUUAAUUGUAUCACUGUGUAUCGUAAGGAAUUCUUUUCAGCUUUUGGUGCUGGCGACAGAGUUGAGCUGGCCGUGUUUCACAGUAUAUCGAGCAUUAGAGAGAAAGAUGGAAAUUUUCUCCUUUGUGUAGCUCUCCUAACGCACUCUUUAUUUUACUACAGAAAUUAUUUUAGAGUUUUUGUAUAGACUUCUUUAGUAGUCUGUUUCUAAAAUGAAAUGUAUUUCAAUAAGCAGUGUAAUUUUUUCAGUGUAGCUGAACCUAUGUUGUAAAAUAGAAAAAAUUUUUAUAAUCAUCAAAAUGUGAUUCUUAAAGAUACAUAUAACUUCUAUAAUUCAAAGUUAUUCUUACAUCCGUACAACUCAAGGUGCUUCAGAGACUAGAUGUAUCUGAGAGGGUCCAGACCAGCUUACUGCAAAAAUGAGGUUUUGCUUUCAGAAUUUGGCGUAAGUACUUGGUCCUUUUUAAAUCUCUGCUUAACACUCAAGUAUCUGUCGGGCUCACUGACAUGCUCCUGCCCUCCGUGUUCCAUUUGGCUCAGUUAGUGCAUUAAACACAUUAUUUACAGGGGUUGGGCCUUUUCCAGGGAAGUCACCUGAAGCUUGCGUGUUUGGAAAUGUGAGAGAGGCUGUUACUGCCACCGGAGGAAGUGGGGAGAUUGCAUCAUCUCAGUCAUGUCUGUUUCUCACUUCCCUUAGGAACUGUGUUCAGGUUUAACUUUUAUGGGAUGACAAAUUGAAACCUUUCAUUUUGAUGUUGCUUUAUUUUUCUAGAAUUGUUAUAAGAAGCUAAAAUAGUAAACAAAAAAUCACAGACAUGAUGUUGCUAAUAGUGGUUGAGAAAACAAAUGGUUAUGAGUUUUAAAAUGUCUGUUAUAUAUAUAUAUAAUGUGUCUAUAUUCACAGCUUUGAUAAAUAGUAGUGAAGGAGAACGCCUCAAUUUUCCUGCCUUGUCCUCUGCAAACACUCAUGUGAUGCCAGCAUUCUUAGGUGACAAAGAGACAGCACCUCUAACCCUUUAGACAUUACUUUUUUCAAGCCAGAGGACCUUCAGCAAAGCAUAGUUAACCAGGAGCUUAUUACAGAAAAAGCUGAACAGAAAGGCUAAUAUAUUGGUUACAUUUAGCUGGUCACAUUUACCCAGACUCAGUAUAGCUAAAAAUUUUGUAUUUCUUUAUCUCAGAGAACUGAGUUCCCGAGCUAGAUCACUUUCUGCCCACCCCCUCUCCUCUCCAUUUUAAAAUGUUUUUAUUUAGAGACAGGGUCUUGCUAUGUUGCCCAGGCUGAAGUACAGUGGCUAUUCAUAGCACACUGUAGCCUCAAACCCCUGGUGUGAUCAUAGCACACUGCAGCCUCAAACCCCUGGGCUCAAAGUGAUCCUCCUGCCUUGGCCUCUCAAAUAGCUAGGACUACAGGCUCACGCUACCAUGCCCAAUCCAUUUUUGAAUCUUGAAGUUUUUUCCAUUUUUCUUUCCUUAGGCUCUUAAAUCACUGCCUGAAUCAGAACCCUGGCUCUUAUUUAUUUUUUAUUUUUAAUGUUAAAUGUACAGAUAUGCUUCAAGCACUUUUCUUGCUAAUUAGCUUUGUGAUAGGAAAAAAAAUGGACCUUUUCAAUUGAAGUUAAAUCCCUAUUUUUAAAAUAUCAUAUUCUCUAUUAGUUUUCUGGUUUAAUAUUUCUAAAUUUUCUCCUUCUGAUUUUGUCCUUUAUAAUGAGCAUAGGAAAUUUUUGGAAUGAGGAAGAACGUAUCACAAGACAACUUUCUUCCUGUUUUUGGAUAUAUGUUUAAAUGGCGUUUUUAAUAUUUGUACACAUUUUUUGAGCACCCAGGUACCCAAGCUAAUAAGGAAGGUAAUUCCUUGCAUGUGACUGUUGUAUUCUUAGUGGCUGUCUCCCCUCCUCCUCAGUCUCCUUAGCAUUCCAUGACAAGUUUGUCAGCGUAUACCUUUAUCUAGACAUAUCAUUAUUUCAUGGUCAAGCCCGUAGUGGCAAAAUGAUUUUUUUAAAAGAU